AUGAAGACCAAAUAUUUGCUUGUCUUCAUCUGUAUUGUUGCCCUGGUCAUCAUCGAAAAGGAGAGCAGUAUCAUUUCAAGGGUCUCCGAUAAGAUAAUCCAGAGUCGCGCUCCUCCGCUGGACCCACACUCACCACUGGAUAACAGCAACACGACACAAAAUGGCCCCCUGUCCAUGCUCAAAUCCAGCCGUGGCCGUAAGCAUGUAUUGCUCCUGGCCAGAACAAGAACAGGUUCCUCGUUUGUCGGGGAGAUUUUCAACCACCACGGGGAGAACAUGUUCUACCUUUAUGAGCCUCUGUGGCACGUCGAGCUCUUGCUGAGUUCGGCCAAAAAGUAUUACAAUGAUACAUUGUUGGGAAGACUGUACAGGGAUGUACUCUGGGGGCUUUUCCUGUGUGAUUUCAAUCCUCUCGAGAAGUUCAUCACUCCCCCACCGGAGGAACACGUCACCGCUGCUCUUUUCCGCAGAGAGAUGAGUUUAUCGCUCUGUGAAGAUCACGUCUGCAGUCCUUUCGACAAAGAAGUUUACGAACCAUAUCGCUGUAGGACUCGUCUCUGUGGGCCGCUGAACUUGACCCUUGCCUCGGAGUCCUGUCUUUCCAAGCAAUACCAUGCCGUAAAGACUCUCCGUGUGCGCACUCUGGAACCAUUGCAGCCGUUGGUGGAGGAUCCACGUCUAGAUGUGAGAUUGAUCCAGCUAGUCCGAGAUCCACGGGCCGUCUUAGCAUCCCGUAUAGCAGCUUUCGAUGACUACAAGGUGUGGAAGGCCUGGGGGCUGGAUGGCCAGGUGCCCGAAAAAGAGGUGAAGAAGCUCAAAAUAAACUGUGAUCAAAUAAAGAUGUCUGCAGAGGUGGGACUGAGCCACCCUCAAUGGCUGAGGAAACGCUACAUGUUGGUGCGUUACGAGGACAUUGCCCUGUAUCCAAUGCAGAAGGCAGAGGACAUGUACAGGUUCGCAGGGAUACCAUUCAGUCCCCAAGCUAGGGACUGGAUUCUAAGGAACACCGCACAGGAAGAGGGCGACGAAUACUCCACCGGGAAGAAUUCAUCUGAGCAUGCAGAAAAAUGGAGGUUUAGCAUGCCCUUUACACUGGUUCAGGUGGUGCAGAGAGUGUGUGAACCCUACAUGAAGAUGUUUGGGUACAGGAUCGUGGACGAUGAAAAGACACUGAUCAACCAGUCCAUCAGUUUGCUCGAGAACAGACAGUUUCAGUAGCUUGAAGGUCACAAUUUGUAGCUGUGACUCUGCAGGAGGAGCCAUUAUUGCACAGACUAA